AUGGUUGAUAAUGUGAGGAAUGAUCAAAAGACUACCACAACCUUUAUUAAGAUGGGUUGGAGUAACAUCAAAGCUGGACUAGAAACUGUUUUUCAACGUUCUUUUACUAAGGACCAACUCCGCAAUAAGAUGUACAAAUUACGCGGUGAUUAUGAUAGCUUCAAGAAACUGCUAGAGACAACAGGAUUUGGUUGGGACUAUCAGACUAGGACUGCUACUGCUGAAGAUUCUGUUUGGGAACGGGCUAUACAGGCAAACACUACUUGGUCAAAAUUUCGAAGCAGUGGUCUUCCAUGGUGGCCUGAGUUGGAAGAGAUUUUUUCGAAAUAUCGUGCUCGGGGAGAUAAAGGAGUGAGUAACAUUAGAGUUGACAUUCCUCCUAGGGUCAUCAAUGAGCAUGAGGAUGUUUUUCCUCAAACCCAAAUAGAAUCCCCCCGCUAUGUAGGUUUGGAUGACAUAGAAGAAACUGAUGGAGAGGAAGAAGUGAUUCCUAUUGCAAACAAAAAGAGGAACCUUGAUAGAACACCUCAAGAUCGAAGGAAGAAGAGUACUGGAAAAGCAUUGACUGCUUGUACUGCAGAAUUUAGCAGAUAUGUCAAUGAACAAUGA